CUUCUAGGACUUAAAUUUCCACCACUAUUUUCAGUGUAGUUUUCUGAAUCCAAAGACUUCAGUUUUUCGCAAUAGAAAAUAUUGGAUACAAUAUGUUUAUCCGGGACCCAUCCACAGCUCGAAUAGGAGUAGAAAUUCUGCCUUUGGAAGUUGGAUACCUUCCGGAAUUUUUUCAAAGGAAAGCUGAGGUAGAAUUGCAUGAUACUCCCGAAAGAAGAGUACAAGGGUUGAGGCAAAUUAAAGAGAUGGCAAAAAACGACAAGAUUCUUGCCAAUUUGAACUUCGAUGACGAUUUUCUACUCCAGUACCUGAGAUGCCGCAAAUUCAAUGUUGCUCGGGCGUUUUCACAACUGAAGUCUUUCGUCAGUCUCAGGAAAAGAAACCCUGCUUUAUUCACAAACUACCGUUUCGAGCAAACUGUGAAGUCGAUGAGAAACAAAAUUGUCACUCUUUUACCAUAUCGAUGCCAAGAUGGAUGUGCUAUUUUUCUAAUCCAACUAGAUAACUGGGAUCCCGAAGAUUUUCCGCCAGAAGAGGUAAAACGAAUGGUAGUAGUUCUGUUAUUGCAAUCACUCCGUGAUCCCAUGACGCAGGUGAACGGAUUCAAAGCUAUUUUUGAUGUCAAAAGCAACCCAAUCAAACAUAUUAGACACUGCACCCCACAAAACAUGUACUUGCUGUACCAUGGGACGCAGGAAUGUUCUCCUGGGCGUUUUAAACAAAUUCAUAUUGUCAAUCAGUCACCGACCUUCAAAGCCGCCUGGCUCUUGAUCAAGCCUUUUCUGUCCGCCAAAUUGAAGAAAAGAAUGUAUUUUCACUCUACUUCCGAGACGCUCUUUAAUUUUUUCCCUCGUGCAGUCUUGCCCGUACAUUACGGUGGUGAACUGGAAGAUUAUGAUAUGACAAACUGGCUUAAAAGUGUUAUGCAGCCGGAAAAAUUAGCAACUAUUGGAGGCGGAGUUGCUCCUGAGAAAAAGGCUAAAUGAUUUUUUACCCAAAGCAGAUCUCUCCCACUAACGCGAUCUUUUUCCUCUUCUACAAGUCAGGAAGUUGACUUCAAUAACUGCUGCACACUGUUACAAACAAUGUGAUGCGAACAAUAAAUAAAAACACAUCGCAAUAUUGGUAUGAGUAUUGCAUGCUGAAUGAAUAUGUUUAAUAUGCCUUUACUGUAUUUUACUCAUUCAAGAAAAAGGUUUUAAUCUGCACAGAAUUUGAAAGAACUCCAAAUAUUUUUCCUGUAAAUAGCAAACAAUUCAGUGACCUGUUUCAUUGUGAUUAAAAACGCCAGGUUAAAAGCAAAGAAAAUAAGGUGUUAGUAAAGCAUUUAAAAAGGCCUUCUAUAAUAUAAUUAUAUCAACAACUAGUUGAUACUUAAGAGCUUGAACAAAAAUAAUCUACCCAGCAGUCAAGUUUUAACAAAUGCAAGUUAUGGCACCGUAAAACUUUUUUUAAUUUAUGUUUAAUUUAUGGUACUUUUAAAAAAUGUGUUAUGUCGUUAUGGAUACUUUAUUUCAUCAAGAAUGAACAUAAGAAAGUUAAACGUUUCUUACAUACUACUAUUUAUAUUUUCAUGAAGUCUUACCGAUGAAGAUAAUUUCUUAUUAAUGAAGGAAAUAACUGACGGGCAUAUAUCUUUUGGAACAAGUGCUUUGCUUUCUAUUUGGAGUAUGCAUCACAUCAAGAAACAAACAUAGGCCAGCUUCAUAAAAGUUAUUUAUUGUUUUUAUUUCUUAAAAUUCAUUCUUCACAUUUGUCAUUUGUGAAAAAGAAACGUAUGUAAUUUUAUAGAAUCUGCUUAUAUUAAUAACAUAUUUCAAUUAAAGAUCAGCAGAGGGCCGAUCUUUGACUGAAAACAGGAUGAAUAACUACUAUUUUGUGAUUGUUUUAUAUAUUAUCUCUACUUCAGUAACACCUUUUCGUUUAUUUAUUGUCUUCCAGCAUUCAUUGACAGUUUUCUUUCAUUCUUAGAUAAAUGUCACAUUAAAUAUUACAUUUGUUCUAAUUAGUUUAUUAUUAUUGCCGUUAUACUUAUCUUAUUACUGUAAUUAAAAUAAUAUCUAUUACUAUUACUUUUAUAAUGUUUUGAAAUAUACAAACAAUAUUAAAAUUUUUUAAAAGUUACUGUUAUGUUGUACUAAUGGUAUGAAGUAAAUGACACAAAUGUACAGUUUUUUAAAUACUUCAUAAAUGUGAUUCAGGAAAGAAAAGCAGUGCAAUAUUUGAUUGCUGGGAAAUAACAAAGCAUAAUAUAUUUUUACUUUGUUCAUCAUGAUGACAAACAUUAAGAAACAUCUAAAUUAUACAUGUGAAAUAGUUUACAAAUUAACUAACUGAAUCAAAAUUUUUAGUAAAGGAGAAAAAAAAUAUUUGCAAGCACAAUAUAUCUAAGAAAUAAUGUUAAUUAAUGAUUAAACUAAAAGAAAUAUGAUAUUCUAAAUAUAUUAAUUAAAUAGCUAGAAAUUAUAGCUUUAAAAUUUUAAAUAUUACUUCUUAAGCGCUUUCAAAUUCAUUAUAGUGUUGUUUUUGCAGCCUAAAGAACAGGUAUUAAAAUCUGAACCGAUGUAAGUAAGAUCCACCAAUGUAAGAUUGUCUAACAUGUUUUUCCAUGUACCCAUGGAAUCAAGAUGUUUUUGUCUUUCGUAUAAUAAAAAAAUAAGUUAAGUGA